AUGGUUUCUUCAAAUUCCAUCUCUCUACUCACAUUUCUCACUUUCCUCUUCCUCCUCCCUUCUUCAUUCUCCGCCGUUGUUCCAACGACGGAGAUUUGCCGAUCCACCACCUUUCCAUCUUUCUGCAAUGCCUUCCUUCCCAACUCCCCGGCCUCUGUCCACUCCCAUUGUCGCUUCACUCUCCACCAUGCCCUCACCCACGCACAAACCUUCCUCGCACUUGUCGACGCGCACCUUAGCCUCUUUCCCUUCCCCUCCGCCCUCCACGACUGUCGCAGCCUCGCAGAAGCCAACCUCGACUACAUAACCCAAACUUUUUCCAUAGUCAACUCCACUUCCGUGGCCCUUCCCUAUUACCAAGCCCAUGAGAUGAUGUCCUUGAUGAGUGCAAUGAUCACCAAUGAAAACACUUGUUAUGAAGGACUGGCUGGCUUGGGCUCAGCCAUUGGCUUGGUUGAUAAGGUGUUAGAAGCCAUCUCUUUCGACAGAAAGUUAUAUAGUUUGUACCUUUCAUUGUUCAAAAUGGGUUGGGUUUCUAAGAACAUGAAGGCUCCUAUUUUGCCAAAAAUGAACCAUUUUGGGGUCGGGAAAGGGCAGUUGAAGCUUAAAAUGUCGCCUAAAGACCGUGCAUAUUAUGAGCGCUUGGUGCAUAGCAAGAAGCCAGCGGCCGCUAGAAGGCUUCUUCAGACCAAUUACGAAAAUGAUGGAAUUUUGGUCAAUGGCGUGGUUGCGGUGGAUCAAAAUGGAACAUACGACUUCACAAAUAUCAGUGCUGCCAUUGCGGCGGCUCCAGACAAGACCACCGUCACCAAAGGAUACUUCUUGAUCUUCGUCACUGCCGGCAUUUACAACGAGACUGUGUUGGUCCCAAAAAAUAAAAGAUAUGUGUUGUUAAUCGGAGAAGGUAACAACCAAACCAUUAUCAAUGGCAACAAAAACGUCGUUGAUGGAUCGACCACUUUCAAUAGCGCAACUGUCGCUGUGGAGGGAACAGGGUUCUUUGGAGUCAAUCUAACGAUCAGCAACACUGCUGGCCCCGCCAAACACCAGGCGGUCGCGCUGCGAGUGAGCGCCGACAACGCAACGUUAUACAGCUGCAUAUUCGAAGGCUACCAAGACACUCUCUACACGCACUCCCUCCGUCAAUUCUACCGAGAAUGUGACAUCUACGGUACUGUCGACUUCAUCUUUGGCAAUGCCGCCGUCGUCUUACAAAAUUGCAACAUCUAUGCCCGCCUCCCGUUGAGUGGCCAGUUCAAUGCCCUCACAGCGCAAGGUCGGACCGACCCAAAUCAGAACACCGGAACCUCGAUCCACAACUGCACCAUCAAGGCGACUCCGGAGCUUGCCGCGAACCCCGCCACGAAGAGCUACUUAGGGCGGCCGUGGAAGGAAUAUUCUCGAACAGUUUACAUGCAGUCGUUCAUAGAUGCGUUUAUUGAUCCUGCAGGCUGGAAGGAGUGGGACGGCACUUUGAAUUUGAACACUUCAUAUUACGCUGAGUUUAAUAACUCAGGGCCGGGCUCCGACACUUCACGGCGGGCUCCGUGGGUGGUCGGUGUCAUCAACGCUACCGUUGCUAAUAGCUUCACGGUGUCUCAAUUCUUGGCCGGAGAUCAAUGGCUGCCGCCCACCGCCGUGCCCUACACUGGCGGUUUGAUAUCAUAA